CCGAACGGUCUCUCCCAACGCGUUAUCUCCCUCCCGGCCGUAUCUUUGCACCUUUCUCCUCCAUUUUGCAACAUGGCAAACACAAUGUCAGCGCCGCAAGCCCCUCAGCAGCAGCAGCAGAUCAAGGUGACAAGCAAAUCGCAAACAAGCUGGGGUCACUCUCGUCACACAGAACGUGGUUGUGUGUGUGUGCGUGUCAGAUGGACGUCGAGAGCACCAAGCAGGCAUCUUCCUCGAGUCGCGUGUUGGUCAUCGUCGGCAGCACUGCCCUCUAUCUCGUGACGAUGGCCGCCGUCUUCGGCCUCUGCUUUGCCGCCGUGCAGCGUCAGCCAAGCCAGAGAGGCCGACACACAAUGACCUGGCAGCUCUCUCGUCAUUUUCUUGUGUUUGGCAGUGUCGAAGGAUAUGCGUGUGUCUGAGGACGAUCUGCUGGUGAGCAACAAGGACCAGGUGCCGCUGCGAUUCAGCGAGGCCCUCAAGUUCGUGCCGCUGGAGGGCUUCGCCUUCCUGCCGCUCGCCGAGAUGCAGAAAAUGGCAUCGCUGCACAUCAUGGUGGGCCAAUGUGACACUCUGAUGGGCCCUCACACUCGUGUGUGUUCUGUGUGUGUGUGCAGAUCGGCAAGGACGGCGAGCGUGUGUACAACAUUGAGGCCGUGUUCCGCGACCGCAAGACCAACACCACCGAGGCGCACCUGUCGCUCGGACACAAACUCGUGUCCGCACCUGGUCGGCUGAAAACACACACGCGGAGAUCACUGUGGACACGGACGCUCGGGCACACCACUGUGAUCAAUGUGUGUGUGUGUGAUGAUCAGGCAAGUUCUCGUUAAUUGACGAGAAGGGUGAGGUGGUCUACGCAGGCGAGUACGAAUACGAGAUUACCACGCUAGACAACGCCGUCAAGAUCCACAAGGAGGGGGCGGUCGAGGAGAAGGGCAGCAACAGGCGCAGAUUGAUUGUCUCAAAAAUUAGUGAGUGAAAUGACCGCUUGCCGUGGGCGCAUCAUCCGCACAAUUGCUUGAAUGUGCGUUGUUGGUUCAGUCAACAAAAUCCAUUCCAUCCUGGGGGGUGGCUACUAUGGCGGCGGCUAUUACGGUACGUAUGCACAUCGACACACAACGACACGCGGCCACUGACAUGUGUCUGGGCGUUUCUGUGUGCAGGUGGCGGCUAUGGUCCCGGCGGCUAUGGGGGCCCUGGCUACGGUACCUCUGCACUUACAAAGCACACUUAGGCGCACCCACACCCGUGCUGACAUGGAUCUGUGUGCGUGUGUGUGAGUGUGUGCAGGCUACGGCAGAGGCUACGGCGGCCCCCGUUAUGGAUAUCCCGGAGGAUAUGGCUAUCCCUAUGGCGGCUGGUGAACACGGCAGCCGUGAGCAUGAGCAGCACUUUCUUUGUCAAUUCGUACACACGAGGGAGGGAGGGAUGCAGGGAGAGAGGAAACAUACAUACGUAUCGCACACAAAACGCUUCAUAAGUAGUCCCAGCAGUGUUUUUGGGUUUUGGCCUGUAGCGAAACGAGCGACGAGAUGCACAGAUCCUAGCAUUGCGCACGAUUGACUCAUGGCAGGCGCCACAUUUUCUCAUGUGUACGUGGGUGGGUGCGGGUGUGUUGUAAGUAUUUCAUGAAGUUCAUGCGAGAGAGGACGGCGUGGCGCGAGGAAAGGAAUGGCAUUGGCUUUUACGUCACUCGAUGCUACCUGUACACAGCACGCGUACACACACACAUGACUCAACCGUGGCAAUGGCUCUGUACACGUCUGUAUGCGUAUGCGGUGCGUUCGUUUAGUCAAACACACGUGUGGCACGUGUGAGUGAGUUUUUGUCUUUUUGUGAGUACACGUACACAGGAAGGAUUGAAGCACUAAGGUGUGCGUGGAAAAGGCCAUGCGAGAGAGCGGACGAGGACAGACAGACAGAUGAGGACAAGCACGUAUCGAUCUGAGUGCGAUACAUCAGAGGGGCAGUGCAGCAGAGCAGCGAAUUAAGAGUAACGAGGCGGACAUGCAGUGCAGUCUGUGCUGCGGGGAAUGCCGAACACUGAAGAGGAUUUGCGUACAAUGAAUUCGAU